GGUUUAGAUACUCCGACUUCGCCACACAGAGUUUUAGAGUAGACAAAAGAAGAGAAUACUUCAUCUAUACACAGCACAAAGACGGGUAUUUGUUGAGGAUGUGACGAGUUACUGUUACUUAGCUGACUUGCUCUUACUUGCAACUAAAGAUUACUACAUUCCUGCAUCGGUCUGGAUGUGGAUAAUAGAUCAGAAUUAUCAUGUCUGCCUUGAAUCGCAUGCAUCGGUUGCACAUGCGCAUGUUUACCAUUUAAUCUCUUCGGUCGUCCUCUCUGUUGAGUAUCCGUCUGUAUUGAUUGGAAAAGUCGGCGGUUUGGAAUCUGUCAUAUGCGAAUGUAGUUGCUCAAGCGUGGAUGUUUUUCAUGGCAUAAACUAUCGGUCAACAUUGAUUUGUACCCGACGAACCUCUGACGACCCCAAGCAACCUAGUAGCAGAAGACGACCUUAGCAACUUGCUAGUAAUGAAAUUGAUGUUUAGCAAGGUAUGGUUAGCUACAACGUUUUGGUUAUUACAUGCUCUUUCAAACUUUCAGCUUCUAGGAAGGUGGAGCUGAAUAAGAAAGUAAGAAAUCAUCAGAAAGAGUGAACCACUGGUAGACAUACUGUAUUGGCGAAAACAGCCACAUCGCAUAGGCAUAUCUAUCAUAACCAAUACUACAACAACGCGUACUUAACUACAAGAACGAUCAAAAUGUUGAACCAGCGUGAUCGCAUUUCGCGCGUGCAAGCGAUGGAGGCACCAGCGCAUCAAACCGACUACGUCAGUGCUGCGCAGUAUAUUGGGGGCAACAUAAAGUGUAAUGCUAUCCAAACCUACGAUCCCCAGGUCGGACAACGAGAACGUAUGAAGCCGCCAGCUGGGACGUCUGUACUACCUUCUUACCUUCCAGUCAGUGAAUUCGCGAGGUGCCGCAAUAUCAUUCCUUUAUCAAAUUAAUCGUGUUAUAAUAGUUUUUUUCGUAAUGUUGAAAGGCACUAAGUAAAAAAGCCAGUUAUCAUGACUGUAUUUAGAACUACUCCCACUAUGCAUCCUCUCACCAGAUCCGCGUCUCCGACUUCUAUAAGCGCAACGGCAUCCGAUCCUACCGUACAGAAGAGGGGUUUAAGGAUUUUAUCGGUGUCCCAACAUGGACAGAGAAGCGAGAACGAAGAAGUUUGCCUGCGCCACCGUCAGCGAGAAGUGCUCGCUCAGUCAGUGACAACACUCCGGAACAAGAUGUGUAUCUACACCCGUUUACGCAGCCGGACUUGAACGAUCCGCGAUUUGCCACGCCAGGACUCUACAAGACCAGCUACAAGACCGAGUACUUCAUCAAAAAUAUUUGUCUUCGUGAUGUGGCUAUGUACUAUGUAUCACCUGUUCUAAAGACGAAUCAAUACUACUUGACAGCUACAAGAAAGGAUGGAACCUGCUUUGUUUGAAAAAUCGAUGAUCACCAGUUAAAUUGAUCUCCUUCCAACCACUUUGAAAACAGGUUUCAAGAGCCAGGGCAGAAUCUCGCACGUGAAGCUGGAAAGAGUCAUUUCCGAAUCGGUUGAGGAAAAUCGAUUCUGGAAUGCUUCUUUAUGUGUGCAACGUACUUAUGAGGCCCAAUAGAUUCCUCCAACACGACAUAUUCUACAUAGAUACCAGAUUUCUUCUGCACGAAGAGGAGUAAAAACACAUACGAGGAGACGUUCGAACAGUGGUCUUUCCAUGGACUUUCCCCCACAUAGCACAUAUCUACUUCGACCUGAGCUCAUUGUGCUCAAAGAUGGUGCCUGAGCUCAACCAAGACGAAUACGCCACAUGAGAUGAUGAAACCCAUAACGAAUACGUAAGUGCUGUAUAGUGACUUGUACAACGCGAGGUGUCCUCUUCAAGGUGAACAACAACUCACAAUUGAGCCCUUCCUCACACCAAGAAUGCGAACCCGCAUAACGACCGUACUACAACUUGUAUCUAUCAGAGUGAACUGCAUAGAGGAAUUGAUAGCUGAGGAUGAACACACGCGUCUAGGAAGAAUAUGAUUCAACUAGAGUGAGCUUCCCAAGAACA